CAUUGUGCAUGAUAUAAUAAAGCUUGCCUUAACAUUUGAUUCUGUUCACUGGUUUUCUUAUGCUGCACCAGACAAACGAACACGAGGAUCUUUCAAAAUGUUGGUUAUUUUAUCUCCAAUUCUUUUAUUCCUCCAGAUUUUCCACAGCAGCUUGUCAGGAUGGAGGAAGAGGAGGAAGAAGUUCUCUCUGAGCAGCAGAUGUGUGACCGGGGCAGGAGGUCCCGUCUGGACCGGGAGGAACCGGGGUUUCCACAACUUAAAGAGGAACAUCAACUCCGCAGCGGUCUGGAGGAACCAGAGCCGCUGGUUCUGAAGCAGGAGACUGAAACCUUCACCUUGACUCCCACGUACCAGGAACAGGACUUCACUGAACCAGAACCUGAGCAGCUUCACUCCCAGAACUCUCCCUCAGCCGGGAACUCGGAUCAGGACCAAAUCCAUAAUCUGGACCCGGGAUCAGUGACGGACGUGGAGAUGAGUCCAAACGACGGGCUCCGAAUCCGAGCCGACGGGAAAAGCCUGGAAGCGUCUUCCCUGUGGCAGCAUCAGGUGGAGACUGAGUCGGGGAAAAAGUCCGUAAAAUGUGAUUUUUGUGGGAAAAGCUUUGGGAAGAAGUACUACGUGGAGCAACACCACAGGAUCCACACGGGCGAGAGGCCGUUCGACUGUAAGAUCUGCGGGAAGAGGUUCGCCCAGAAGGGAACUCUGGUGAAGCACGUCCGGACCCACACGGGCGAGAAGCCCUUCUCCUGCACCACCUGUGGGAAAAGCUUUUCCCGGAAUGAUAACUUGUAUUCUCACAUGAGAAUCCACGCCGGAGAGAGAGCGCAUUCUUCCGAGACGUGCAGGAAAAAUCUGAUUUCAGGAGAUUCUGACGGUCACACGGGUAACUUGUUAUUCUGACGUCAGAACGGAGCAGCAGGAAAUGACAAU